AUGCAGAGCUUGUUUGUGUACCAGUGCAAUACAUGCCAGACUGUCCUCUCAGACUCGCUGCAUCAGGCAAGCGCAAGGCCAGCGAGCAGGCAAAUAGACAGCUCACAACCCACAGCCAUUGCCGUUGUGCAGGCUCAGGUCGAGCAAGCGGAGAAUGCAGUGCCUCAAGUCGAUCCAGUCACCUAUAGCGUGACGGCAUCUAUUCGUUGUGUCAAGUGCAAGGCGAGUGUAGGUCAUCGUCUGCUCAGCACAUCGAAAGACCUCGAUCAUCUCCGUGGCUGCGUCGUGUUGGAUUCUGAUGCAAUCACAAGGUAUCAGCUUGGCCAGGCUGGUACGAUGCAAGCAGAGCUAGACGCUCAAGGACAAGGUACAGAAGUGACGGCUGCUCCACCGUCCUCUGCACUAAAAGAGCCAGACACACACGAGACAGGUUGCAGUCAAGGACCUUUUGUUGUUUUCAAGCAAGGUCCUAGUUGGCAAGCAGCAGACCACGAGAUUGCCAUGCUCAAGUCCUACGCCUGUGUGUUGCAUGAAGCAAUCAGCGACUUGCGCGAGCAGUUGUUGGUUUUGCAAGACGACAAACUGGAUGCAAAGCAAGCCAGGUCAGAGACAAAUGCAGUCACCGUGACGGAUGCUCAGAUGCAGACAGAAGCACCAGAAAAAAAUGCGUUGGACAAGACACGUUUGGAAGUCGUCAAAAAUGGCGGUACGGGCAAAGCAUCGACUCCCGUUGCAAGGACACGAAAACGCACGGCUUCUGCUAUGAGUAAAGCUUGA